AUGUCGGAGAUUCGAAUUGGAGAAUACCUGUUUCGCCGUCUUAAACAGAUGGGCAUUGAGACAGCUUUUGGUGUUCCUGGAGACUACGAACUUGCGCUUCUUAACUACGUGGAACCUGCAGGUCUGAGCUGGAUCGGCACACCAAACGAACUAGUGGGAUCCUAUGCAGCUGAUGGGUAUGCUCGCCUCAAGGGUGCCGCUGCCCUGGUCACCACUUUUGGGCCUGGAGAACUAAGUGCUCUCUGUGGACUCGGAGGCUCCUUCUGUGAAAUGGUUCCUGUUCUCCAUAUUGUUGGAUACCCGUCAUUUGCAGCUCAGGCGAGCGGCCAGAUCUUGCACCACACUCUCGGGGACAAAAGCUAUGAUCACUACGUUCGCAUGUCAUCAGAGCUUUCCUGCGCAACGACUGUUUUGAAGGAUCCAGGCAAUGCUACAGCAGAAAUCGAUCGGGUUUUGAACGCUAUAAUGUAUCACUCGCAGCCUGGCUACAUCGGCAUCACUGAAGACGUCGUCAAAACAUUAGUUCCAACGGCUUCCUUGAAUUCCACGUUGAUCAAGAUGACGUUGCCUCCUGGGACAGAAGACGACCGCGCCUUGGCAGCUAUUAUGGCCGCACUGGAGGCGUCCAAGAACCCCAUAAUAAUAGUUGACGGUGGUGCUGGUCGAAGCAGCUGGGCCCCUCAUGCUAUUGAGCUUAUCAGAGUGCUCAAAUCCCUACACUUCAACACCGUCAUGGGAAAGGGCGUCGUUGGAGAAGACGACCCUCUGUUCGCCGGUUGCUACGCUGGUGUUGGUUCCUCGCUGGCGACUAGCAAGGCAGUCGAGGAAUCAGACUGUAUCCUCUGGCUUGGUCAUAUGCCGUCAGAUUUUAACACCGGAAUGUUUACGGAACACAUCAAGUCUUCCAUUGUUAUUGACUUUCAGCGAUUCCAUAUUACGGUUGGUCAAAAGCAAUUCCAAGCAAGAAUGAACACGGUUCUCCCCAGACUCUCCCAAUCUAUUAAAUCGAGUAGCAUAUUGUCCCAGAGAAUACCCCCAGCACCUGUCGCGUAUUUGUCGCAAAUAUCUGCAGAAAUACCAACGUCUAUGAUCACUCAGGCCUGGCUCUGGCCACGCCUCUCCUCAUUUGUUAAGCCGGGGGACAUAAUCGUCGCCGAGACUGGAACAUCUCAGAUCGGCGCCGUCAGUACCAAAAUGCCACAAGGCGUCUACUACUGGACGCAGGCAGUUUGGGGUAGUAUUGGCUAUGCCAUUGGCGCAGCUGUCGGUGCAACCAUUGCAGGCAAGGAAUUGGGCCAAUAUCGCAGGAUGAUUGUGUUUACUGGUGAAGGAAGCCUACAGCUGACGGUACAAGCCAUGUCCAUCCUUAACCGCCAUGGCGUGGUCCCUUAUGUGUUUAUUCUGAACAACAAUGGUUACACGGUUGAGCGAUACUUCGAGGGAUGGGAUGCCGCGUAUAAUGAUGUACCAGACUGGGACUACGGUGGUCUAUUCAGGUCUUUCGCGCCAAACCUCACGACCAAUACAUUCAAGGCUCGGACCGCGGCGGAGCUUGACAAACUCCUUUCAGAGGAUAGCUUCCAAAAUGCCACCGUCCCGCAGUGCAUUGACAUGGCCCUGGAUAAAUAUGACGCUCCGGAGGGACUUACCGCUAUAUUUGACUUUAAGAAAAAGAUGGCUGGCGCUUAA